AUGUCUGCAAUCUCGACAGUCUCGGAGAGCUUUCAGAUUACGACGAUCGUCCGCUAUGAAUCAGGUCUUCUAGCCUCUCAGACAUCUCAGACUUGCAUUGCGGACAAGUUCAUGACAAUAGAUGAUUUCUAUCUUCUCGCUUCUCAUCAAGACAAGCUCAUGAAUGCUGCCAAACACUUUAAUUGGCCGGUCCAGCUGAUAGAGCUCUAUUCGGGUACCCGAGGCCUACAAAUCUUGUUUGCAAAGCUUCUACUCCAUAUUCAUGAAGACAGAAAGGGUGAUGCACCGCUCCAAGUCCUUGUUGCCUUGGCCAAAGAUGGAACAUUGAGCAUCCGCUCCUCCCCAGCUCUCAUGCCUGGACUGCUGUUUGCAACGGAUCUGUUCGACAGGAAGAGGGAACCAAACCUCGGGGACUCUGGUGGUUUGUACAAGAGGGUUCCAGUUCGAGUUUUGAUUGAUGAUCAAAUUUCCCUCUCAUUCGGUACUGUUUGGUCUUCUUCAGUUCGAAAUUCAAGCUUCGGUAAGGCUUCAACAACUCAUGAGAGCCUUAUUGUUAGCCGGUACAGCGAAGUACUUCAAGGACAGUUUACAACGCCAUACUUCCUCCGAAAUGGUGCCUGGAUCACACCAGCUUACUCAGGGGUAGUCGCUAACAGCGUAACCAGAAGGUACGCGCUCGAGAAUGGGCUCUGCAAAGAAGGUAUCGUUCUGAAAUCUAGCCUAAAGAAUGGCGAAGAUUGCUGGCUUAGUGAUGGAGUCAGGGGAUUCUUCCAGGGCACAAUAUGCCUUGAUCCCUCCACUUUGCAUGGAAGCAGGCCCGAGGCACACUCUAACCGUGAUAGGGCAAUUCCCAAGCGGGACGAAAAGAUCAGAUCCGAGGGCGAACUGUCAAGCACUGAAAGUGCUGGCAACCAUUUUGAUGACGAAGAUGAUGACGAACUUCAAAUCAUCCCCAAUCCUUUCACCUCCAGCGACAACUUUCAGGCAGUCAAAAGACCCAAUCCCUUUGUCUCAUCGUCACCUUCACCGCCACUUAGACGCUCCAAACGUGGCCAACCAGGCUUUACCCCCCUUCUUCUAAAAGACAAAGACGACACUCUUCUGUGCGAUGGUUACAAGGCCGUACCCAAUCCAGAACACAGAGGCCGGAUUCUUCGUCCUCGCCCUCUUCGUCCAUCGAGGCCCGCUUAA